CACCCCUGACGUACAAGUUGUUUUCAGAUUAUACUUCGAACACUGUAUUCAUGAGGUUAGAGCUUCAGUGAAUGACCAUGUCCAUGGUCCCCUAGAUAUUCACGUUUUCGGCGUCUCUCCAAUUUCCGAAAUUGUGUCUAUCACUCUUUGAGUUGGAAGUGAACAAAUAAAUAUUUGUUCUUUUAUUCCCUGGGAGUGUUGUUGUUCGUUUUCAGUAUGGAUUUUAAUGGUAAUGGUAUAACAUGGGCUGGGAUAUUCCAAAAGAUUGAAAAUCUUUUCAUGGAGGUGGAUGAUAUGGUAUCUGAGUUAUGUUCAGAUUUUUUGCAUGAUAUGUUCCCUCCAAUUUUAGUAGAUUCCAUGAAAGGAGCAGUUUCUGAUCUGUCUCUAGAAGAAAAUAAAAUUACCGAACUUGCAGCCCAUGAAAGCUCAGAGGAAUUUGUUGAAAAAGAUUCUAAAAAGGGGCUUUGGAAUGUAAAUUCUUUGCCCCAUUCAUGGAUGCAUGUUGAUUCAUCUUUGGAGCAAAAUACUGAGAUUGGGAAGGGAAAUUCUGUUGAAGAGAUAUGUUCCUAUGAGAUUCCAGAAUUAGUUGCUCAUGCAGAGAAGGAUUCAAGCAUCGUGUUAUUGUGUCAUGAAGUCCACCAAUCCAAUCAAGAAGAAAAAUGGGAUGGUCAGAUCAAAUUGUUAACUCCAAGUUCAUUUGAAGGGUGCAACUCUUCCCUUGAAGAAGGAAGAAGUCGUAACAUUGUGAAUGCCACAACUAAUAUUACGACUGCCCUUACAUUGGCCAGUUCUGCUCUUUUGGUCGGUUCCAUUGAAUGUGAAGUUCCAGAGAGUGGACUGACUUCUCCUAGUGAUUUCUUGUCAGCUGUAUCGAGGGAUACAGAAGAGGAAGAUGAUCAUGUUAUUAAACCAGGCAUAGAAACAUUUUCACCAUAUAAUGGACUGAAGCUUGAAGAUAGUUGCAUUUUCGUGGAUAGAAGUGAAAUGUGUUCAAUUCCUCCCAAAGCAGCAAUUCCUCAGUCUCACAAGAAAAAUUUUCGGCAGGCUGUUACUUCAAAAUUGAAGUUAGCAAGAAAGCAGCAGGAUCGCGAUCAACAAGCAUCUCGUUAUGCAGGUCAAAGUCGAAACAGUAAAGAAAGUUUUGCACCAUCCACACUCAUUGUAAAGUUGGAGUCGUCGGAUAAUGAUUUUUGUGAAUCGGAGUGGGAGAUCAUCUAGAUAAAUUAACUUUUUAGCGAGUCUCUUGUUCAAGGUUUGUCAGAGAGUCUGAAGUUAUAAGGCACUCCUUAAAUGUGAAAAGACACAAUGAGGUAGAGGGAAAGGCUGGCAAGAAUUUUUGCAUUAGCAGGAAAAUAUAAUAAUAAAUUUAGCAUGAAUUGAUGCAAAACACAUAGUUUCUCUGAAGCCCUAUCAAUAAUAUGUUCUUGUUUUUGU